AAUACUGUCAUAUGAUGAAAUCCGGAAAAAAACAUAGUCUUUAUUUUAUAUUAUCUUAAUAUUCAUUAUCCUUUUAUCUACUGUUGUGGCCAAUUUCAAGAAAAAAUGAUUAGGGAAGAUGACCCCCAAUUCCGAAUUACACCCUUUCAGCAAAUGGCAUCAGCAUGUUCCGGUGCACUUGUAACCUCAUUAUUCAUGACUCCCUUGGACGUGGUUAAGAUACGUUUGCAAGCGCAACAGAAGGCUUUAUUAUCUAAUAAAUGUUACCUAUACUGCAAUGGGUUAAUGGAACAUCUUUGCCCUUGUGGUGAAACGGGUUGGAUACCACGGCGAGUACACUUCCACGGAACUAUGGAUGCAUUCUACAAAAUUGCUAAAUUGGAAGGAGUCCCUGCAUUAUGGUCUGGUUUGAGCCCAACUCUCAUUCUGGCCCUUCCCUGCACUGUGAUAUAUUUUGUCACAUAUGAACAACUUAGAUACAAAACAAAAACAUUAUAUAAUAACUUUACAAAGACAACUGAUCAACCAAUGUGGAUACCAUUAAUGUCAGGCGCAACAGCAAGGACCGUAGCUGUGACCAUUGUCAGUCCACUGGAACUGAUAAGAACAAAGAUGCAGUCAAAAAAACUCACUUACUCGGAAAUCAAUGCCGCAUUAAGACAGGUUGUGAAAUAUGAAGGUUUUCGAGGAUUAUUUAGAGGACUGGGAUCUACUCUUCUCAGAGAUGUGCCAUUUUCGGGUAUAUAUUGGACAACAUUUGAGACUACAAAAAGGAAGUUCAGUCAACCUGGUGCAAAUCCUGAGAAAAACACAUUUUUGUUCAAUUUCUUCUGUGGUUCAGUUGCAGGCAGUCUGGCAGCUUUUAUCACAUUGCCUUUUGAUGUAGUGAAAACACACCAACAAAUAGAAUUGGGCGAAAAGGAAAUUUACUCAGAUAUCAAACAUCGUCAGAGGGCUUCCAAUAUGCAAGACAUCGCUAAAAAUAUCUACAGAAACCACGGCAUUAAAGGACUUUUCACAGGCUUACUACCCCGAAUAUUUAAAGUAGCGCCAGCAUGCGCUAUAAUGAUAGCAACUUUCGAAUAUGGAAAACAGUUUUUCCAGACAUACAAUACACAGAAAUAUAAGGAAAAGAUGCAAAGGAGUGGCAUAAAAGUCCAAAUAUAUAAAGAUUAAGUGGCUCGAAGUUAGCUUUACAAGACAUCAAGAGCUAGUUUUGACAUCCAAUGCAAGUAGGACUGAGUAUUCCUAAAUAGAAUUUAUGCCUUUCUACAAAGGAUCAAAUAUAUCAAGUUUGUUAUGACAAAGCUAUGUGCUGCUUGUAUGUUAUUAUUAGAUGAACAAUUUAUGUCUCCAGUAACAGGAAUACUGAAUUGAAAGAAUUGUCUUCAAAGAGCAAUAGGAUCUUAGUUCAAUUUAUGUAUAUAAUGGAUCUACAUUUUGUAAAUAGGUGCAAUAAAACUGAAUGUUGUAAAA